AUGGUGCCGACUGGUGCCGACGCCCUGUGCCCUGCAGGCAUUUUCAUGAAUCCCUCAGAUUUUCCAGAGGAGAUUACUGAGAGAUACACUGUGGAAGAUGAGGGCAGUCAGCAAGGAGUUCAUCUACUGGGAGCCGGUGCAUACGGAGAAGUCAUUCUGGUUCAGAGCAAAAGCUCAAAGUGUACCAUGGCUUUGAAGUGUUGCUUUGACUGUUUGAUUCCUGAUGAUCCUACAGCGCUGAAACGAAUGUACAGAGAAAUUGCAGUGCUUCGGCAAGUGCGCCACAAGAACAUUGUGUCUUUGCAGGACGCUGUCCUACCAAAGACAGGAUGCCAUUUGUACUUGGCCUUUGAAUUGGCACUGCAUGAUCUUGAGCACGCAAUCAGAUACAAUCUAGUUGAAGAACCUCGAAGAGUAUCCUGCAACAUUGCCCGUGCAUUAAGUUUCUUACAUGCCACUGGCUUGAUUCAUCGCGACGUCAAACCAAGCAACAUUCUCUUGGACAAGGAUGGACGAGCAAAACUCUGUGACUUUGGUUUCGUUCGACGGAGCUGCCUCAGGGAUGACCCACCACGGGCUUUCACGGAGUAUGUAGGCAUGCGCUGGUACCGCGCUCCUGAGCUGUUUGUUGGGACCUUCUACAACCAGAGCAUCGAUGUUUGGUCGUAUGGAUGCGUUGUGGCCGAGAUGGUGCUUGGCAGGCCUUUGAUUUCGGGGAUCGACGGAGAGGAGCAGUUGGGUCUUAUUGUUGGACUUUGUCUUGGACGACAUCCAAGCCGCUUUGAGGCUGAAUCGCUGGGUGUUUCAGAAAGAAAUCACAUCGCAGGUGUGGUGCGAACCGUACCGCUGGGGCCAACAUUGGACAAGAAGCUGAAUGGUGUCACAGAUUCGCAAUGCCUUGAAUUUGUUCGCAGCUGCUUGAAAUUUGGCCCAGCUGAGCGUUCGACUGCAGAAGAGCUCUUGCGCAAUCGGUUUCUUGCAGGCUGUCAGGAGGUGUGGAGCCUUCAGAACGGGCAGGAAUUGCAGGGACGAUCUUUGGUUGCAAGGGCGUUUAGAACGUCCCCGGACAAAGACGUUUGGACAGUCUUCAAGGAGAUCUCUGGAGACUUGAAGGAGAUUUCAAUGGAGGACCUGAGUGACUACAUUUGUACCUACUUGGGCUAUGGACAUGCAGAGGCAGUAAGAUAUUUUACACUUUACAGUUUCAAUCAAAGCAUGAACUUCCGGAGCUUCAAACAAGGCUAUCCUGACUUGAACCCUUUCUUCAUCUCUCGCUGGAGUGGAGAUAUUAUUCUGAGAAAGCCAGGAUCUCUAAAUCGGCAGCAGGUCAACUUGGAGGAGUUGUCUAAAUGUGAAGUGUAUAUUUGUGACAUAAGUGGUCAAGUGUUUGUAGAUUCCUGCAAGGAUUCCCUAAUCCUCCUGGGGCCCUGCGAUGGGCCUGCGUGUUUUCGCAAUUGUGAGGGUUGUACAUUCUGGGCCGCUGCACAACAGAUCAGAUUGAAGGAGUGCAAAUCUUGCACGCUCUACAUCUACGCCAAAACUCCACCCACUAUGCUGGAUUGUGAGGAUAUUCUUGUAGCACCCUGGUGUGCUUCCUAUGCCAACUGCAAAGAGCAUUUCGAAGCUGCUGCCUUUCCUGUCGAAGUCAACUACUGGAAUGCUUUGUUUGAUUUCAGUGGGACAUCAGAGAAAUGCCAUUGGCAAAUCUGUGCACUUCAUGAAGUUGUUCAGCUCAAACUGUGGGAAGGCGAAGAUGCUCAUGCGAAGCAUCUGAGAAAUCCUUGUCCUGUCGUGACACACCAGAUCCUUUGCGAUUUGCCCCUUUCAAAUUCUGAUGGGCAGCCUGGCCAGCGUAUGACUAUUCCCCAGGUCCGGCCAAGCAUGCCGGAUCCUCCCUUGAGUUCUGCUCUCCAACUGGAUGUGAGGGAUUGCGCUGCAAAGCGCCUCGUUGGGGCACCACUCCUGAACAAGCUAAGAUCUCUAAACCAGCAAAAACAUGUUUUGGAUUUGGUUUCUGGAAUCAGCCUUGUACAGGCAAAUUAA